CUCGGUGGGGACCAGAAAGCUCGGAGCGUAUGGUGUAAUGCUGCUGCCGCGCGGUGAUUUUGCAAAUUAAAAAAAUUCUGUUUCCGCUCCGCAUGGGUCCACGGCAUGUCUGGAUAUGUCUAAAGCUCACCUCCUGAGCCGGAGGUUAGUUCGGGCUGGCGGCUGGCUGCGGCACAGCGUGAAGCCCUGCAGCAGCAACGGUGGCCGUGAUCACGCCUGCUGACAAGUAACCAGCCAGUCCACUGCGCGCGCGAGGGUGCUGGGACGUGCUGCGAGCCGUAGCGACGCAGAGACGAGCGAUAACGGCGCUGGGACGGGCAAAACCGAUAACAGUUGUAAGCCCAAAAAAAACGCUGCGCCGCAAACGCGAGUGCCGCCCCACACGCUGAAAUGGCAACGAUGAUGGCGCCACCAGCGCAAACAACACCGCCGCCGCCCCCGCCGGGCCACCACCCCUUCUCCGCCUCCACCGACGCGACGCAGCCGCUCCCGGACGCCGCUGCUGCUCGUCUCCCGGACGCCGCGUCAGUCUCGACGAGCAGCAGCGGCGGUGAAGCCCGGCGCCAGCUGUCCAUCGCCGACGGCAAGCGCCUGCUCGAGCAGUACCGACGCCUCAAGGCCCAGGCGCUCGCCGGGCCGCGCGUGCUCGCCCAGCUCGAGGGCAAGUGCCGCGCCCUGGAGGACGCCAUGGCCGACGUCGUCCUGGAGUCGGACGACCGCCGCGAGGAGGCCGAGGCGCUCUUCGCCGAGAACAAGGCGCUCCAGGCCCAGCUCAAGGACCUCAAGGAAACGCUGCAAGCGAGCGAGGCGCGGGCCGCGGAAGCGACGGCCGCGUCGAGCGCGCGGCGCGCCGCGGUGGCGGCGGGCCUCCCGGCCCUCAAGGCGCAGCUCGCCCGCGAGCUCGACCUCGCCGUCCGCCGCGAGGCCGACGUCGCUGAGGCGGGCGCCGCGGCAGCGCGCCUGCGGUCGGAGCGCGACUGGCUCCGCUCGGAGCACGCGCGGUCGCUCGGUGCCGCGGGCCGCAGCGAGGAGAGCCUCGCGGCCGUCCUCAACGAGCUCCGGUCCACGGCCACGGCCGUCGCGGCGCAGUCGACGGCUGUGUGGAAAUCGACCAGUGUGUCGGGCGAGCAGGCGUCGCGUCGAUGGCGUGGAGGACGACGCGAUGAUUCAGCGCGAACGCGCCGUAAAAUUUUGAUUUCCACACAGGUCGACGGCCGCCGACGCGCUCGCCACGAACGCGGACCGCGCCGACGGCCGCGCUGAGCGGGCCGAGGCCCAGGUCGCCGCGCUCCGCGCCGCCGCGGCCGACGCCAAGUCCGCGCUCGACGGCGCGAAGCGCGACGCCAAGGAGCAGAAGAAGAACACGCUGCUCGCCUGCGACCGCCUCGCGCAGACGGCCGAGGCCCGCGCCGAGGCGCAGCGCGAGGUCGCGCGGCUCCAGGCGCUCCUCGCCGAGAGCUACGCGAACUUCGACGCGCUCGCGCGCGCGGGCGCCGACGCCGCGGCGCGCGCGGCCGAGGCCGGCGCGCUCCGCGACGAGGUCGCGCGGCUCCGGGCCGGCGGCGCCGCGCGCGGCGCCGCGGGCGCGGCGCGGCGCGCCGACGCGCUCGCGGCCGAGAACGACCGGCUCCACGAGGCCCUGGCGGCGGCCGUCGCCGCGGCCGGGGCCGCCGCGGCGGACGCGGCGCGCCGGCGCGCCGCCCAGGCGCCGAUCCCGACGGCCGCCCCCGGCGCCGACGACGCGCUCGCCGCGGACCUGCGCGCCGAGAUCGCCGCGCGCGACGCCGACGUCGAGCGGCUCCGCGCCGCGCUCGACGCGGCCGAGGCCGCGGCCGUGCCGCCCGCGCCGCGGCGCUGGGGCCUGCCGGCCUGGGGCGCCCGCCGCGCGGCCGCCGAGGCGACGGCCGCGCUCGAGGCCAAGCUCGCGGACGCGCGCGCGGCGCUCGCGGCCGAGGAGGACGCGUCCGCCGCGCUGCGGAACGCGCUCGAGGCGACGACGGCCUCGCGCGCCGCGGCGCUCGCGGCGCUCGCGCUGCGCGGCCGCGAGGCGAAGAGCGAGGCGGCCGCGGCCGACGCGGCGACCGCGCCGAUGACGCCGGUGCCCGAAACGCCCCAGCCGGCCGCGGCCGAGGUCGCUGCACUACAAGCGACGGCGAUCGAGACGGCGAAGCGCGCCGACGCCAUCCUGGCGCGGGCCGACGAGCUGCGGACGCGGGCCGACGCUGCCGAGGCGCGCGCGGCCGCGGCGGACCGGCGUCUGGCGGCGGAAAAGCGCGACCGCGACGACGACCGGUCCAAGGCCGCCGCCGCCGCGGCGCGGCUGGAAGACGCGCUCGCGGCCGCGGAGCGGCGCGUCGCGGAGCUGGAGGGCGAACGGACCGCCGCGGCCGACGAGACCGUGCGGGACCUCGAGGCCCAGCUCGAGGCGGCCCGGCGCGACGCGGCGGCGCUCGCGGCGGAGAAGGAGGCCCUGGAAGCGUCGCUCGCCGCGUUCGAGCGGGGCGCCGCCGCGCGCGCCGCCACGGAGGGCGACCUCCGAGAGCGGCUCGAGGUCGCCGAGGCGGCGCUGGCGGCGAGGGAAGACGAAGCGACGGAACUUCGGGCGGACGCGACGCAAGCGGACGCCGACUUCAUUGCGCUGCGCGCGGAGCUCGACGCGGCGCGGGCGGCGGCGGCGGAGACGGAGGCGCGCUUCGCGGCAACGGAGAAAGACCUGCGCGCGCGCGUCGCCGACGCCGAGGGCGCCGUCGAGGACCACGCCUUCGCGGCGGCGGCCGUCGAGGACGACCUGCGGGCCUCGCUGGCCGAGGCGCGGGCCGCCGCGGCGCGCGGCGUCGACGAGGGCGACGACGCGCUGCGGACGCUGAAGGAGGAGGUCGCCGCGGCGCGCGACGAGGUCGCGGCGGCCCACGCCGCGGCGCGCGCCGGCGCGGCGGACCUGCGGCAGCGCGUGCGCGCCGCGGAGGCGGCGGUCGCCGCGCGCGACGCGACCGAGGCGGGCCUUAUGCUGGACCUGGCCGCGGCCGAGGCGCGGCGGGCCGCGGCGGCGCGGGACCACGAAGGUGUCGUGGAGGAUCUUAGAAGGCGGCUCGCGGCGGCGGACGCCGCCGUGCUCGAGGCGCGGGCGCAGCGCGACGCGGCCGAGCGGUGCCUGCGCGACGACGCGUCGCAGCAGCUCGAGGCGGCGCGGAUCGCGGUGCAAGACGCCCAGGCCGCGACCAAGGCCGCCGAAGGGCGCGCGGCCGAGCUCGCGGAGAGGCUCCGGCGCGCCGAGGCCGACGCGGCCGCCCAUCAAAACACCACGGCAGCACAGCUCGACGCGCACGCGGCGGCGACGGCACGCGACGUCGGCGAACUAGGCGCCUCGUUCCGCGCGGAGCUCGAGCAGGCCCGGGCCGUCGCGGGCGGCCUGCGCGACGAAAUCGGGCGCGUCGCCGCCGAGAAGACGCGGCUCGAGGCCGCGGCCGCGGCCGCCCGGGCCCGCGCGGAGGAGGCUGACGCGGGCCGCUCGGCCGCGGCGCGGGCCGUGGCCCAGGCGGCGCGCGAGCGCGACGCGCUCGCGGCGCGGCUCCGGGAGGCCGACGCCGGGCGCUCGGCGCUUACGGCCGAGCUCGCCGCGGCCGCCGCCGCGUCGACGGAGGAGGGCGCCGCGCGCGUCGCCGCCGCGCGGCAGCUGGCCGACGAGGCGGAGCGCCGCGCCCGCGACGCCGAGGACGAGGCCAUGGCCGCUGCUGGGCGGGUCGUCGAGCUCGAGGACGCGCUUGAGGCGGCCGCGGCCGGCGCCGAGGCCGCGGCCGUGCGCGCGCGCGAGGCCGAGGCCGACGCGACACAGGCGCACGCCGCCGCCGCCGGUUUAGAGGAAGACCUCUACCAAGUGAGGGAAGAGGCCCGGUCGGCCGCCGCGCGCCACGCGGCGGAACUGGUCGAGGCGCGCGCGGUAACAAAGGCGCUCGAGGCGCGGGCGACGACAGCCGAGGCCGGUGUAGACAAGGAAACAGCCGCGCGGCGGGCCUCGGAAGCCGCGUGUGGGGCGGCGCGGGCCGAGGCGACGCGCCUCGCCUUGGAGGCCGACGCGUUGCGAACCGAGGUCGACCGCCUCGCCGAUGCGAAGGCGCGGACGGAGACGGAGCUGGCGGCGGCGCAGGCCGCCGUCGACGACGCGCGCGCGUCGGCCGAAGACGCGGCGUCGACCGCGCGGGCCCGCGACGCUGCGGCCGUGCGCGAGGCCGAGCGGCGCGCGGCGACGCUACGAGCGGCGAGCCAGAAGGCGGCCGCGGCCGAGCGCGCGGCGAGCGACGCCCGGGGCGAGCACACUCGGUUGGCGGCGGCGCUGGCGGCGUGCGAGGCCGACCGCGACGCCGCCCGGCGCGAGUGCACGGCCCUCGCCGACGCGGCCGCGGCGGCGAACCGCGCCGAGGCCGAGCGCCGGGCCGCGGACGAGGCGCGGCGAGCGACGGAGCGGUCGGAGGCCGAGGCCGCGCGCGCGUCGCACGAGACGGCCGCGGAGGACGCUAGGCGGGCGCGCGUCGCCUCGGACGAGGACCGGCGGCGACUGGAGCGGGAGCUCGGUGAGGCCGCCCGCGACCGGGACGCCGCCGUCUUACGCGCCGAGGAGCUCGCGCUCGCGGCCGACGCGGCGAGGCGCGACGCCCGUGCCGCGGCCGACGGGUCGGCGCAAGACGUCGAGAAGCGCCUCGCGGAACAGGCUGACGCGCACCGAGCUGAGAUUGAGCGAUUGGGUGCGGCGCUGGCGCGGGCCGAGGCCGCGUCGGAGGCCGCCGCCCGCGACGCUGCCGCGGCCGUCGAGAAGGCCGAGGCGCUGGCGGCGGCGCUCGCGCGAGCCCAAGAAGCAGAGCGCGCUGCGAUUUCUGAGCGCGAGGCCGCGGCGAAGGCCGCGUCCGAAGCGGUCGCGGCGGCCGAGCGCGCGCGCGACGACGCAACAAAACGCGCGGACGACGCCAUCGCGGCGGCGGCGGACGCGCGCGCGGCCGGCGACCAAGCUUCGACAGAAGCGGCCGCUGCGGCCACGCGGGAACGCGACGCGGCUCGCGCCGAGGCAGAAAAGCUGCGCGGCGCGCUCGACGACGCGAGAACAGAGGCCGACGCACAGACCGCCGCGGCCGAGGAGGCGAGAGUCGAGGCGGCGGCCGCAAAAGCCGCGGUGGCUGCGGCGCGCGCGCGCGCUGACGCGACCGAGGCGAGCGACGACGACGACCUCACGGCGGCGUCGUUCCCGUCGGCGGCGGCGCCCGAGCGCGCGGCGGCCGUCGAGGCCGUACGACGCGCCGCGCGCGGCGACGCCCACGUCGAGGCGGCGGCAGACCGCGUUGCCGACGCGCUCGCUGCCGAGGCGCGGACGCGAGACGCCCUCCAGGUCCAGCUGCGGAGAUAUAGAGAUGAGCGAGAUGCCGCACGCGUGGCGCGGGAGGAGGAGAAGCGGAGGGCUGAUGCAUUGGCUGAGGCCGCCGAGGCUCAGGUGCGCCGCGUCGGGGCCGAGCGCGACCGCGCCGUCGCAGCGCUCGUUGACGCUGGCGGCCGCGGAUCGACCGCGGCGCCGGACGCCCGCGCCGUCGCCGAGGCCGUCGCCGCCGCCCAGGCGGAGCACGACGCACGCAUUCAACGCCUCGAGCGCGACCACGCCGCGCAACUGCGCGCCGCCGAGGCCCGCGCGGCGGACCGCGAGGCGUCGCGCGCGGCCGAGGCCGAGCGGACGGCGCGCCGCGAGCGCGAGCGCGCGGACCGGCUCGAGCGGGCCCACGCCGACACGCUCCAGCAGCUCGCCGCCGCGGAGCGCGAGCGCGCGCAGUUGGCGAAGGCCGCCGCGCGCAAGAAGCCGGCGACCUCUACGAAGUCGCCGCUCCGGCCGCGGACCGCACGGUCGCCCGCGCAACGGUCGCCGGCGGCACGGUCGCCGGCGACGCCGACGAAGGCGUUCCAGGCGCUCGUUGCCGGCGGCGCCGAGAACCGCGACGCGCGGCGCGCGCUCGUGGCCAAGGGCCGCGACGAGUACCACGCGCUCCGCCGCGCGAACGGCGACCUCCGGUCUCAGCGCGACGGCCUCGUCGACGAGGUGGCUUCUCUCAAGAAGGAGCUCGCGCAGACGCGGCUCGUGCUGCACGGCAUGGAGUACUACGCCGCGGGGCACCAGCACCAGACGAUGGCGCUCUAG